GGUUCCCCGGCCCGCGGGCCGCUCGGUUCUAAGUGGCCGGGGAGGCAGGGCGGACGGCCCCCGGAAGGCGGCGGGAAGGAGCCGGCAUCCGGGUCAUGGCCGCGCCGGGCGCGCUGCUGGUGAUGGGCGUGAGCGGCUCGGGGAAAUCUACCGUGGGCUCCCUGUUGGCGUCCGAGUUAGGUUGGAAAUUCUACGAUGCAGAUGACUAUCACCCAGAGGAAAAUCGAAUGAAGAUGGAAAAGGGGAUCCCGCUGAAUGACCAGGACAGGAUUCCAUGGCUCUGCAACUUACAUGACAUCUUACUAAGAGAUGUAGCCUCCGGACAGCAUGUGGUUCUAGCCUGUUCAGCUCUGAAGAAAGUGUACAGAGACAUCUUAAUACGAGGAAAAGAUGGUGGACCUCUGAAGUGUGAGCAGAUGCGGAAGGACAAACAGCCAGCUGAGGUGAAGCUCCUCGUGGUCUAUCUGAGUGGGUCGUUUGAGGUCAUCUCUGGACGCUUACUCAAAAGAAAAGGACAUUUUAUGCCCCCUGAGUUACUGCAGUCCCAGUUUGAUACUCUGGAGCCCCCAUCAGAUCCAGAAAAUUUCAUCCAAAUCAAUGUGGACAAAAAUCUUUCAGAGAUAAUUGCUACAAUUAUGGGAACUCUAAGAUAACAUGAAAACUGUUUCAGAUCAGUGGUCUGGAACAAUCAGGCAGAAAUUUCUAUCCCAACUCAAACUAUGUUCUAGUAUCUUUGUCAAUACUGUAUUCUAACAAACCAUAGUGUACUGAGAUAUGUGUGUUUGGGUAUGAUUUGAGGAAUCUGUGGUACUCUUGUCAUUGUGCUCUGGCACACUGGGAGGAGACAGGAGGGAACUUUGAAAGUAAAGCUUCACAGGAAUUCGAAUAUGAUCAGAGGGAAUUCUAUAAUCAAUGCUGUAAAUCACGACCUUAUUUAGAACAUUCUUGAUCAUGCCUGUAUUUGGACAAAUAAAUGAAACUUGGCUAUCCUUGGCAUCCCCUGGAAAUUGGUCCCAGGAGCAGAAAUGUACAAAAUUGACUGCUCACCAUCAAGUCACAUCAGACCAUCUGCUAAUCCUCUCUCCCAAGAUAAAUAAAAAGCACAUAAGCUUCAUGGAUAUAAAAAGUUGCAAAGGUGGAACUUCGAUGGAUGAAGCAUGGAACUCAGUGACCCAACUGUCCCCAUUCAUUUUAUGGAGACACCAUGAGACCAGGCUGGUGUCAGCCACCUGCUCUUCCACUGCAAAAACCAUCAGCAGUGGACUCUAGGGCGAGGAAGGAACACCAGAGCUGCUGUGGCCAAGAGAUGAAAUGAACCUUCCCGAAGGUCAGGAAUGUGUCAGGAGCAGCUGAGCUAGGUGAGGCUGCGCAGGGUGCAUUCUGGGCCCUGGGGAGGGCAGCUGCACUCUGGCCUGUUUCAGCCUGUCCCCCAGAGACUCCAGAAAGAAGCUCCCUUAUCCCUGUAUCCUGACCGAGGCCACAGGAUCCAGCUACUCUACGGGCCACUCAUCAGCUCUGACCAGAAAGUGAGUUUUGGAACCAGUUAUCUAGUUUUUUUCACAAGGGCAUGCAGUCUGUCUUGGGAACUGCAAGUAGAAUAUGUGCUUGGCAUGCCAGGAGACUGAAAGGGCCCUCCUGGGCAGGCAGACUUUGCUUAAGGAACAUGUGAAACCUCAGAUCUUCCUCUCUGCCUGGAUAUCUGAGAGGCAUCUCCUGCCUGACUUCAGUCCUCAUUAUUCACGGUCCUUCAAGUCGGCCAGUCAACAUGCUCAGGCUGGCUGAGAGUCACCCCUAGUCACAGAGGAAAGACUCAGUCCACUGUACUCAGUGAGCCCACACUGGGUACUGGGAUGGGCACUCUGCAGGGUUUGAGGAUGCAAAGCUCUGGCUCUCAGGUAGCUUACGUGGGGGUGGAAAGACAGGGCAUCUUGUCUCCUCUGGCACCAGCUAGAGUUCUCAGUGAAGGCAGUUGCUCACAAAAAGAAUA